AGAUUAUAAGGCGAAGAGCCGUCGUGAUCACCAGACGAGUUACCAGACCAAGCCGCAGCAGGAAUUUCUCAGAUGUCUAAAGCCAAGCUUCCUCACGUCGAGACGGAUUCUUCCGGCGACGACGAUGGGCCGAAGCCAAGGCUAGUGUUCCGUAGACGCAUGCGCACACCAGUUAAGCUGCUCGGUGGCCGGAAAGUCUCGGACGUCCUGCUAUGGAGGAACAGGAACCUGUCAGCGGGGAUCCUCGCGGGGGCGACGCUGGUCUGGUUCCUGUUCGACGUGGCGGAGUACAACGUGGUGACGCUCCUUUGCCACGUCGCGCUGCUCGGGAUGGUCCUGCUCUUCGUCUGGUCCAACGCCGCGCCUCUCCUUGACAGGCCGCCUCCACAGAUCCCGGAGGUGAUCGUUUCUGAACACGCGUUCAGAGAAGCUGCGCGGACCACCCAUUACAGACUGGCUCACUUUGUAUCCGUCCUCUACGACGUUGCGUGCGGGAAGGAUCUCAAGAAGUUCCUCAUGGUGAUUGGUUCUCUGUGGAUACUGGCGAUACUUGGAGACACAUGCAGCUUCACGACGCUGUUAUAUGGCGGGCUUUUGUGUGCUCUGACUUUACCGGCGCUGUACGAGAGAUACGAAGCCGAGGUGGACCAUCUUGUGGCCAAGGGACGCGAAGACCUCAAGAAAUUCUACAGGAAGGUUGACUCCAACGUGCUCAACAAGAUACCAAGAGGCCCUGUCAAGACAAAGGCUCUCUGAUCAAGAUGUGUGCUUUGUCAAAUUGCCGGUGCACGCCGGCAGUCCCGUACAUAAAAGAAAAACAGUAACCAGUGUCACCAGACCAUCUCAAAUCAGUUUUUAUGGUAUCUGAUUGUACGUGCUAGACUACUGCUGCAAUGAUCCACCAUACUUUACCGUGUCAGCAGUAAACAAGCCUAAAAUCUGAAGUAAUUUAUUCGUAAAAAAACAAAUAGGUACUGGAAGAUUGUAAGUGUUGCCAAAACGGAAAAGUGGCGAAUAAAAAUCUGAGGUCAUUCGGUGUGGGACC